AUGGGGUCCAUCCUGCAGCCAUUUGCCAGUGGCCGGUAUGAUAUCAGACGGAUUGCAAUAAUUGGAGCGGGCCCGUCGGGGCUUGCAGCAGCAAAAUAUCUCCAGGCAGAAGAAUGUUUUGAGAAAAUCGACAUAUUUGAGCAGCAAGCAGAGGUUGGAGGAGUGUGGCACUAUAUUCCAAUGACGGGCGAGGCAGUCCCAGUGCCGUCGACCACUCCCGACGUUCCCCUUGAGAAACCCAUAUGGCCCAAAGAUUCAAAAUUUCCGCUGUUCUCGAACCCUAUGUAUGACCAGCUAUACACCAAUAUCCCCAAGGACCUGAUGCGUUUCUCGGACCAGGCGUUCCCUUCAGAAUCCCUACUCUUCCCUACAAGACAGGACGUUCAGAAAUACCUUGUUCAGUAUUCUCAAGGAAUCCGACAUCUCAUAUCAUUUUCAACGCAGGUUGAUGAGGUUCACCUGUCCCACGGGAAUGGAAAGAAUCGUUGGGAAGUUACAUCCAUGUCAACCAUCACGGGAGAGUCGAAGCAAAAUGAAUAUGAUGCGGUCGUCGUCGCAUGCGGCCACUAUUCAGUGCCAUACAUUCCACCAGUGCCCGGAAUCGAGGCUUUCAACUCUGCUCACCCAACGGUAAUUACCCAUUCGAAGAUCUUCCGUGCCCCAGACAAAUUCGCCAACCAAAAAGUUAUCGUGGUCGGAAACGCCGCAUCUGGUCUUGAUAUUGGGACGCAAAUCAGUGAAGUCUGCAAAAAGCCACUGCUGAACUCAGUUAGAUCCCCAUCUGCUAUAAAGAUGGGAGAGGAAAAGAAGGAAGAGCUUCCUCCUAUUGUGGAGUACUUGGUUGAUCAACGAGGGGUUCGGUUUGAAGACGGGCGAAUAGAGAAAGACAUCGAUGCCAUAGUAUACUGCACUGGAUACUUGUAUUCGUAUCCGUUUUUGGAGACAAUUAAACCUUCCAUCGUUACAACUGGUCGUAGGGCGCUUGGGCUCUACCAGCACGUUUUUAAUAUCGCACAUCCAAGUCUUGCCUUCACAGCAUUACCGCAAAAGGUCAUACCAUUUCCUGUGUCUGAAGCGCAGGGAGCAGCAAUUGCGACAGUGUGGUCUAACAAAUUGGGUCUACCCGCAAAGGAUGAAAUGGAAGCGUGGGAGAAAGACAGAGCGGCCGAACAUGGGGAAGGGACAAGCUUCCACAUUCUCGAAUAUCCCCAUGAUGGCGAGUAUAUUAAUAAGCUUCAUGAUUGGGUGAAAAGUGUCCAGAAUGGGCGUGGCAAGGAGCCGCCGUUCUGGACUCCGAGAGAAUUUCAUCUGAGAGAGAUAUUCGCUACUCUGAGGCAGAAGUUUGCAGAAGGAGGACACAAGGCGAGAACAAUAGAAGAACUUGGAUUCAAGUUUGAGGGCCCCGAUGAAGAAAAGACGCUUUGA